AGCUGUUUGGCUCCCUCUCGCGCGAAAUAGCAAGCGCGGCUCGUCGAGUUUACCCAUGGCGUUGGUGCUGCAACCUAUCCCUUUCCCAGAGGCGGCCGUUGCGCCGCUGGAGCUCCUGGAGGGCCGCUACGAGGCUUUGGAGGCCAUCGCCAGAGGCAGCUACGGCCAGGUGCGGCGCAUGCGGGACGUCGUGACCGGGGCUGUCGUGGCAGUGAAGAGCUCCGUGCAGUUCGAGGAGGAGGGUCUCUCUCCCUUUUCCUUGCGGGAGAUGUCGAUUCAGACGGCCUGCCAGCAUCCGAACGUGGUGAAGAUUUUGGACUUUAUUGCUUUGCCCGACAGCGUGCACUUGGUCAUGGAGCUUAUGGACUGCAACCUCCAUGAGUACAUGACGAAGACGCUCGGAGGCGCGUUCUCCGAAGACUUGAAGCCUGCGUUUCGAGAAAUUGUCUCCGGAGUGGCCUACUGCCAUCGCCUGGGCUACAUCCACCGGGAUCUGAAGCCCCAGAACAUCCUGGUGAAGCACGGGCACUACAAAGUCACGGAUUUCGGCCUGGCGCGGAAGCUGAAGGGUCACCACAUGGGCUGUGGGCCCUUCACCCCGCUGGUGGUGACGUUGUGGUAUCGCGCCCCAGAGCUGAUGCUCUUCGACCGCGAAAGCUGCAAGUAUGGGCAAGGCAUCGACAUCUGGUCGCUGGGGUGCAUUCUCGCGGAGAUGUGCACUGGCCGCGUCCUCUUCCCCGGAGACUCGGAGAUCGGCACGCUAUUUAAGAUCUUCCAGUUGAAGGGCACGCCCCGCCCGGCCUCUUGGCCCGGUGUGGAGAGGAUGGGGCACUACCUCUCCAGCUUCCCCUCCUGGGAGGACACGGACUUUGCCCCGGUGCUGGCACGCAGCCGCUGCGGCCACAAGGGCCUGCAGCAGAUCCUGAGAGACAUGAUGCAGUACGAGCCCCGGAACCGCUGCACCGCGAACGCCUUGGAAUCCCAUGUGUUCUUCACUUGAGCGAGGCUCGCGGCGCCAGUUGUCCAGGUGGCCCGGAGCCCCGGAGGCACGAGAUGUGUGCAGCGAGGCGGCAGGUCUUUGGCGGAGCUCGUCACAGCCACAAACCA